AAAAACUCCCAUUGACAGUCGCCAACAACAUCGCGUUGCAAUCAAAAGUCGUCUCGAGACUUUUUUUUUUCGAAUUUUCCUCGAUUUCAUUUGCUUGAACAAAGUUUUAUACAGUGCAGUCGGGCACAAUGGAUGGGUGCUGUCGUGUGUGCUCACGUAAAGAUAGUUUCCGGCCGUUUUCGUUGUAUGCUGUGGCUGAAACGACCCAAGAAGUUAUCGCCAACAUGAUACUGGAUAUCAGCAACAUACAGGUCACAACGGAAGAUGGUCUGCCACAGCAAAUCUGCCCGGAUUGUUUGAUAGCUCUUAGCUUGGCUUAUUCCUUUCGAAAACAGUGCCAUCACGCUGAUGCCAAAUUUCGCAACGAGAAUGGAAAAUUAUCAUCGCUGCAGACAGCAGAGAAACAGAAUCAGCCAUCUCCAACGCUGAAUGAGGGGUCAUUCGCCAUAAUCAAAGAGGAAGUAGACCUCAAUGACUACGAUGAGUACAGCAAUCCAUCUUCUCACGGCAGCCAAUGGGUGACGCAGAAUCCACAUCCGAUUGGUGAAGGGCCAAUGACCGUAGUGCAUAACAUCGGUGAACAUUUCUACAAUGAAGCGAAUAACGAAAGGUUUGCCAGCAAUGCAAACGACAACGACGGCAACAGUAUGCUACAACCAAUGGAUAUGGGUAAAUGGGCAGAUCUCGAGCAAAAUGAUGUUCAGAACAAAGUGCCUGAUCCAAACAGCUUCGGACAAAGCUUCAAACGCCAGAAACUGUCUGGUACAGGUGAACAAGAACAGCCAAAUGAAACAGAACCGACCAAAACAUGGAACACACAUCAAAUGAAUGACGCCUUGAAAUUGAUCAAAGAUGGAAUGAGUUUCUAUAAGGCGUCAAAUACGUUCAAAAUUCCGAUAGCAACGCUUUAUUGGACCGCCCAGCGCCAAGGUAUAAAGAGCCAACAACCAGAGUUCAACAAGAGUUACAAAGAACAUCACAUGACCACCGCAUUGGAAGCGAUCAAGGCUGGUCUAAGCGUAACGAAAGCAUCCUUGCAGUUCAACAUUUCACCUUCGACUCUACGACGACACAUCGGGCAGCAUGGAAUAAAAAUACAAAGUCCGGAGCCAACCUGGACUGAGGAACAAAUGCAGGAAGCCUUGGCAUUGAUACGAGGGGGCAUGAAUUGGAAAAGUGCGGCCACUAAAUACAACAUUCCUUAUGCUACUCUCAUGAAGCGAGGAAAAAGAUGCGGAUUAUCUUGCCCCGAACCCAAACAUGCGUCCCAAGAACAGUUGAAUGAAGCUCUUAAAGCAGUUCAGGAAGGCAUGAGUUUUCGGAAAGCGGAAGCUGUAUUCAACAUUCCCCACGGUACAAUCUACCACCAUGCGAAGGUUAACGGUAUAAACCGCUCGAAAGACACAAUUCGCAGUCUUAAGAAUGGUUACACGAAAGAGCAGAUGGACUGCGCUUUGAAGGCAGUCGAGAAUGGAAUGAGUUACGCAAAAGCGGCGUUAGCCUUCAACGUUCCGCCGUCAACUAUUUGCGUAAACGCAAAGCGAAAGGCGUCUUCUUCUUCAGCAAGCUCAAACGUAAGCCAAGAACAAACAGCAGAUGGCAGUUCGCAGCAGCUCAGCCCGGUACGCGUGAAGUUAGAAAUUGAAAAUGACGAAUAAAAUGUAAUGUUUAUCUCUGAUGUAGGCGUAAUCAAGACAGUAUCAUGAAAAGGAUUUUACGACAUUGUA